AGAGAGAAGAAAGAAAGGUUCGACCUAAACAAAGCAGCUGGAGGGAGCUGGGCUCUGUAGUGUGAGGAGCUCAGAGUGCAGCAGCUUCCUCCUCUGCCAAGUGAGAUGCAUCCCCCUGAGUUUCUUUAGUCAGGGAAACAAAAAAAGGAGCCUGUGACGAGGUGGCGGAUAGAGGAGAGCCGUGGGCUGGCUGCCAACCCCAGGAUGACGGGAAGAGCGACCCUAGAAUACAGCAGCAGCUGCUCAGGCUUCCACGGCCGUCUCCAGAAAAGGAGGCACAUAAGAGGCUGGAUGGGCUUAACGGAACGAGGUCCUGGGUUAAGUGGAAUCACUCUGGGCCCUCCGAGCCAUUAUGUUAUCACCUGGGUACUUCUUGAUCACUGGAGGCUUGAGAACAUAGCUGAAGCUGCUACUUCACACUCUGAGGCUGAAGGAGCAGACAAGAGGCUUGAACCUUGAGGUGGUGGUUAACUCUAAGAUGUCCUUGAGCGGUGGAGCUACCGGAGGGAAAGGAGUGGAUGCAAACCCAGUUGAGACAUAUGACAGUGGGGAUGAAUGGGACAUUGGAGUAGGGAAUCUCAUCAUUGACCUGGACGCGGAUUUGGAGAAGGACCAACAGAAAUUGGAAAUGUCUGGUUCCAAGGAGGUGGGUCUGCCAGCCCCGAAUGCUGUGGCGACGUUACCAGAGAACAUCAAGUUUGUGACUCCAGUGCCAGGUCCACAGAACAAGGAAGGCAAAUCCAAAUCCAAACGGAGUAAGAGUAGCAAGGACAAUGGCAAGGCUGCCUCAGGAUCCUCCCUGUUUACGCCAAGUGAAGGGACUACUGGCAAGAAGGAGGUUCAGGGGCGCUCAGGGGAUGGUGUGAACUCUGGGGGUUUGGUGACCACCAUUGCCCCCAAGGGCUCUGAGAAAUCAGCCAAGACUUCUCGUAGCGUGGCGAACUCCAAGAAGGAGAAGGAAGGUGGCUCUUCCAAGAGUAAGAAAGAAAGGAGUGAGGGUGUGGUUGCUCCAGCAGAAAAGGAGCCCACUGUACUCCAACCUCUUGCCUUGGCGGUCAGGGUUGGGCAGUACGAUGGUGGCCAAGGAUCUGAUCCGACUGCUGCUGCUGCUGAGCAGCUUGGAGGUAUAGCUAUUGACACGGGAUCUGCGCUCAAUCCUUUGGGAGUUAAAUCAGAACUGGAAGAUGGGGACAGCGAGUGCCGACAGCUCAAAAAAGUCAAAUCGGAGAAGAUGGAGUCUCCUGUGUCCACCCCUGCAGUGCUACCACUGCAUCUUCUUGUCCCUGUUGUUAACAGUGAUAUCUCGUCACCAUGUGAACAGAUAAUGGUACGCACUCGCUCUGUAGGGGUGAACACCUGUGAUGUGGCACUAGCUACUGAACCAGAGUGCCUGGGCCCCUGUGAACCUGGCACCAGCGUUAAUCUGGAAGGCAUCGUGUGGCAGGAGACAGAAGACGGCAUGCUGGUGGUGAACGUUACCUGGAGGAAUAAGACCUAUGUGGGAACACUACUGGAUUGCACACAACAUGAUUGGGCACCACCCAGAUUCUGUGACUCUCCCACCAGCGACCUGGAGAUGCGGAAUGGCCGUGGGAGGGGCAAGCGUGUGCGCCCCAAUAGCAACCCUCCAGUGGCCGAAAGCACAACAGCCACGGAUACCAAAAGCUCCAGCAACAGCAGCAAGACUCGGGCAGGGACCAACAGCAAAGGACGCCGAGGCAGCCAGAACUCCUCGGAGCAUCGCCUCCCUGCUGGUGGCGCUUCGGAAGAGGUCAAGGCCAGCCCUUCGUCGGUGACCAAGCGGAAGAGCAAGCCUCUCUCGGACAUGGAAGUGAAUUCCAGCUCCGAGGAUUCUAAAGGAAGCAAACGUGUCCGCACAAACUCCAUGGGCUCCACGACGACACCUUUGGUUGUGGCGGCGGCUGCCGCUGCCGCUGCCGCCACCACGGCCAUCAAAGUGGAGCCUGCCAUUUUGGAUAGGAACUGCCCCUCUCCCAUUCUCAUUGACUGCCCCCAUCCCAACUGCAGCAAAAAAUACAAGCACAUUAACGGACUCAAGUAUCACCAGGCCCAUGCACACACGGAUGAUGACAGCAAGCCUGAGGCCGAUGGGGAUAGCGAGUAUGGAGAGGAGUCCUCUCUUCCGGCUGACUUGAGCAGCUGCAACGGUGCUUCCGGGAGCCAGAAGGGCUCCCUUUCCCCAGCCCGCUCGACGACACCUAAAGUGCGGCUGAUGGAACCGCACAGUCCCUCGCCAUCCAACAAGUUCAACCUCAAAGCCGCUGGCAAGAAGAAAUUAGGUGCCGAAGGAGAUCCCGAUUCUGGUGCUCUUUCUAAUGAUGGAUCGGAGGACGGUCCUUUGAUCCCCGACGAGACAAGCAAUGAUGGCUUUGACUCGGUAGAAAAGAGGACCAGUGAGAAAGAGAAGACGAAAAAGCUGGUUAGCAUCAAGCCCGAGAAGAUCAGCUCAAAGAGCAUCAAGUCCGCCCGACCCAUCGCCCCGGCCAUUCCACCUCAGAUCUACACUUUCCAGGCAGCCACAUUCACAGCUGGUAGCCCCGGCUCCUCCACGGGUCUCACCACGACUGUGGUCCAGGCCAUGCCUAACAGCCCCCAGCUGAAGCCCAUUCAGCCGAAGCCCACUGUAAUGGGCGAGCCUUUCACGGUCAGCCCGACGCUGACCCCCGUCAAGGACAAGAAGAAGAAGGACAAGAAAAAAAAAGAACCCAAGGAAGUGGAGAGCCCCUUGACCCCCGGGAAAGGGUGUCGGGCUGAGGAAGGCAAGAGCCCCUUCCGCGGGGAGCCCGGCGAUCUUGGGGCGAAGGGGGAGAGCCUCCUCAAUGGUUCCUCCGACCCCCACCAGAGCCGCCUCGCCAGCAUCAAGGCCGAGGCCGAUAAAAUCUACAGUUUCACCGACAACGCCCCAAGCCCAUCCAUCGGGGGGGCCAGCCGGUUAGACAGCGCGGCCCCCACGCAGCCCAUGACUCCCCUUCAUGUGGUCACCCAAAACGGGGCCGAAGCCAGCUCUGUGAAGACCAAUAGCCCAGCUUACUCGGACAUCUCCGAUGCCGGGGAGGACGGGGAAGGGAAGCUGGAGAGCAUGAAGGCCAAGGAGCCUGAUCAAAUGGCCAAGGAAGGGGCCAAGAAAGCCCUCUUCCCUUCUCAGCCCCAGAACAAGGAAUCUCCGUAUUACCAAGGUUUCGAGGCCUACUAUUCCCCGGGUUAUGCCCAGUCGAGCCCCAGUCCCAUUAAUCCCAGCAACCAAACGUCCAUAGAGAGCCAGGCCCUGAAGCUGAAGAAAGACGAAGAGCCCCCAAGCCCAGAGGUGAAGGUGAAGAACGAGGCUUGUGAGGAGAGGAAGGCCGAGCUGGGUCCCUCAAGCCAGCAGCCGUCGGUCAUUCAGCAGAGGCCCAACAUGUACAUGCAGUCGCUCUAUUACAACCAAUACGCCUACGUGCCUCCCUACGGCUACAGCGAGCAAGGCUAUCAUGCCCACUUGCUCAGCACUAACCCAACCUAUCGGCAACAGUACGAAGACCAGCAGAAACAGCGCCAGGGCCUGGAGCAGCAGCAACAGCAGCAGCAGCAGCAGCGUGCGCUGGACAAAAAAGUGGACUUGGGACUGAAGGAAAGGGAGGUGAUCCUGAAGGAGGAGUGGAAGCAGAAGAGUUCUCUCCCACCCACUCUGACCAAAGCACCCAGCUUAACCGACCUGGUCAAACCUGGACUCAAUAAGGCCAAGGAUCAAGGAAGUGAUGUAGCCAAGUCAGUCAUUAUCCCCAAAUUAGAGGACUCCACAAAACUCCAAGGCCAGACUAUAGAAGGCCUCAAGGGAAAAUUAAACGAAAGCCACCUUGGCAAAGAGACGGCAGACUCCAAGGCAGGUUUGGACUGUGGUCGACAGGCUGAGGUGGACCCGGUACUUUGGUACAGACAGGAGGCCGAACCCCGCAUGUGGACGUACGUUUACCCCGCUAAAUACCCUGACAUCAAAAUGGAAGAUGAGCGGUGGAAGGAAGAGAGGGAGCGAAAGCUAAAAGAGGAAAGGAGCCGCGGCAAAGAAUCCAUCGUGAAGGAUGAUGGGAAAGAGAGCAUCAACUCUGACUGCAAAAUGCCUUCCAGCGAGGACUCGCGCUUAAUGGGGAAAGAAGCCCGAUCUGGCGCCCACGUGCCCGUGUCCUCCCCGCUCACCCAGCACCAAUCCUACAUCCCCUACAUGCACGGCUACUCCUACAGUCAGUCCUACGACCCCAGCCAUCCCAGUUACCGUGGCAUGCCAACCGUCAUGAUGCAGAACUAUCCAGGUUCUUACCUUCCUUCCAGCUACUCAUUCUCCCCGUACGGCAGCAAAUCCUCGGGAAGCGAGGAGAGCGAAAAAUCCCGAGCUAGUCCUAUUAUUGGCUGUAAAUCCAGCUCUGAAUCCAAGGCCCUGGACAUCCUGCAGCAACACGCCAGCCACUACAAGAGCAAAUCCCCGACGAUAAGCGAGAAGGCCUCUCAGGAGCGCAGCGGCUGCGGGAUAGGAGGAAGCAGCGCAGGCUGCAGCAGCCUAGGGGGAGCCAGUGGCGCUGAGAGAAGCGUUGACCGGCCUCGCUCCUCCCCUUCACAGCGUCUGAUGUCUACGCAUCACCACCAUCACCACUUGGGCUACUCGUUGCUCCCAGCCCAGUAUAACUUGCCCUAUGCAACAGGUCUUUCAUCUACAGCCAUUGUUGCCAGUCAGCAAGGUUCUGCUCCUUCCCUCUAUCCCCCGCCCCGAAGGUGAAAAUGGACAUGACUGAUAAGGUAACCCCGGCUGUACCAAGACAUGUGACUGGCUCACGUGAGGAAGCGCUGCAAACUGCAUUAAGACAUCAGUUCAAUGGUGUUGAUUGUUCUGCUUGACGGUCCUGCCAGAGUGUGAUGCAGACUCUGCCCCUCCCCUGUUGAACACACCACACGCACACACAGAGAGAGAGAGAGAGAGACACAGAUGCUGAGCCCCGUCUGAGUGAGUUAUGGAGCUGGGACUUGCCGAAAUAUUUAUUCAACUGACUUGGGGGUGACUGGCCGUUUUCCAGAAUCCUUCUGGGAAAGAGGACGGGGACGGCGGGCCGAGCAGUGUGACAUCAACAGGACCUUCUGGAAGUACGCUGGGGAGGAAGAGCAGCUGAGUUUUGAGUUCCAACUCACACCUCCCUCUUGUUCCUGGGCUGCGGCCGAGAAAGCUAUUCCAGAGUUGGCCGAAGAGAACGUCCAGGUGGUGGGUUUGGGGGUUCUUCUUUUUUUUGAGAACUAGUCACCUGGCACAAGCAGGUAGGUGGACUCUCGCAAAGAGCCCCAGAAAGACGAGGCUCUCGUGCCUCACGCCAGCCUGGGGAGGACGCAGGGAGGGCCACCAGGCCUGCCACGAGCCCGAGUCAGCCGUACGUU